ACGAAAAUAGAUUAUUUACUAGGUAUGCUGUUAAUGUGGAGCAAACGACAUAUUUCUCGGGGUAAAAAUGCUUCAAAAGUCAUUUUUUAAUCUUGACUUGACCGUCAAUCCGUUAUUCAUGCUCAAAAGUUCAGCGUGCCUUCUAUUUACAAUUAAUAAAGAUUCCAUAAAAAGAUUUUUUACGUUGCUAAUAGAUAUCGACAAUGCUAUUAGAUAUCGACAAUGCUUUGAGGUGAAAUAGAACAUUCAGUUCCUUUUCAUUUAUCCAAUGACGAUGAAAGAGGGCACCCGUUCAUCAUUCAUUUCUUGAGGCUGACAUCAUAUUUACGAAAACAAAUAGUGCUUAAGUAAUAUUGCAAAAGGGACCUAUUAUAACAGUUAUCAUUGACAGUAUACGGGCAAGAAAAUAACAAGACCCCACCGAAAAAAGGACAUGACGCUGACAGCUUUUGCUGACUGGAAACUUCAACUAAUGGUGAUGCUGGCAUUUCCAUUAUCAACAUUGUCAAUCUCAUGCAGCUCUAGAUUUCACUGCAAAACGCCUGAAAUCAAAUACAUCAGCAUGGAUAAACUGACAAAUAUGACCUUGAAUGGAACAGUGCUUAAGUCAUUCCAAGCAAAGGACAUUUCAGAAUGCCAGAGAUCUUGCCUCCAUGAAGAAAAAUGCCAGUCACUGAAUGUCAAUAUCAGUACAGCGAUUGGCCUGACAUGCGACCUUUUGGACAUCAAUAUCUAUAGCAAUUCGUCGCUUCUUCUUCAGCAAAGUGGAUCCGUUCACCUCUUUAUUCCGAAUAAGUGCAAGAAUAAACCAUGCAAGAACAAUGCAGUAUGUGUGCCCAACUAUCAGAACGACUCCUACAGCUGCGAAUGUAAAUCGAAUGGAACAUGGAUAACGAAAGGGCUUCAUUGUGAAACAAUACUAAAUGGAUAUUCCAGUGCCUUUGUUUACUGGUCAUUCGACGAUCCAGCAAGCCUUGCCCCCUUGACAAGCACAAACUUGGACAUGUCAUCAUAUGUAGCAUCAUCAUGGACUCCGGUCUCGGAACCAGGUCGAAGACAUCCGGUUGUAAAAUGCAAUGUGCCAGGCCGUGCGCCUCCUUGCAUGUAUAUUAAGUCAAAUGUACCAUGCCUUCACAUUUUUGGAACUUGUAAGCUGACAGUCACUUACAGUGUUUGGAUCAAAUAUACAGAAUUUGAAGCGUCAAGAUCUGCUCCAGCAUAUAUAUUCCAUUCGUAUGCUUUUAAUCAACGUCGGGGCAUUUCCUUUAGAUCGAAAAGUGAUGGAAAGUUUACUUUCGCUGCUUCCAUUUCGUUAAGCAAACGAUGGAUUAUUGACGGUUUUGGAGGAGCUGUUGUGAAGACAAACUGGAAUCAGUUAACUUUUACAGUGGAUGAUAAUGCAGAAAGUUGUGCCUUUGUCAACGGAGUGAAAGAUGCCUGCCAGUCAACCCAUGCUUCGGUCUCCUUGACUGAUUUGCAAUCCAGUUUCGAAAUUGGCGAUUCCCCGUCUGGCGAUAUUGAGCCUGGUAUUUAUGUUGACGAUUUGGCUGUUUGGCAAGUCAUUCUUACUGAAGACGAAGUAAAAAACCUUUACGAACAAACAAAAGAGUGAUUGUUUUUUGACAAAUGCUAGACUAAAUUUGAUGUAAAGUGCACUUAUCGCUGAAAAGAAAGCAAUAUUCUCUAUCGUAGAAUGCAAUAAAAAGAAAAUGAAACAUUUGUUAGUGUUUCUUAAAGGCCACUUUAUCUGGAUAUGGCAAUUAAUUUAUCUAGAUAUUAAUACAAAAAGACUUAAAAUAUCUCAAUUAAGUUAUUAAAGUUAAGUUGAUAUCAACACGUGACAAGUUCCAGUAGCAGUAAUUCAAUAAAUAUUAUUCUUAUGUUGUUGUUGUAAUUAGGUUAGAGGCAAUCUUGGCCUAGAUACCUUUUUAAUAAAAAAGGAAAAGAAAAAAUGUUGUACUGGACACCUAAGAGCAAAACUAAUUUGAGAAUACAUUAUAGACCACUUCUAACUCAAGAUCACAUCUUGUCACAUCUUUAAACUCGUGCAUUAGAGUUAUUCAAUGGUUGGUUUCCUGUUACAUAGUAGCAAACAAUUCAUACAAAGUUUAUGACUAUUAGGCCAAGGGUCUAAUAAACGUAUCUUAAGAAUUGUUUUAUUCAUGCAGACGUAGAUGAAAGUGCUUUGAUGUACUAAAGAUAUUAUAGAAGAAAAACAAUUUUUUUGCGGUACAGAAUUUGAAAAUGGCUUUGAAAAAAGCAAACAUUUAACGACAUACUAAAAGCUUUUUCGUCUGACACUCCUCAGAGCAUAAAACGUCAGAAUAAGGUUCCGAAAGAACACGAUGGAAAAUAUAUAUCCAGUUGUGAGUCGAAAUAGGUCAAUCAGAAAAACGCAAGCACAAGACCGGUAUGGUUGACCAAUCAGUGCCGCGAGCCUAUAGUGUUGUUGCUAGAAAGUAAGGUGAAUCAUUUUUUGUAUGAGGAUGAAAUGCUUGACAAUUUCUCAAAACGAUGCAAAAAAGGCAAAUCGUUUCAACAAAAAAGCAGGUUACCCUCCUUUAUUGAAAUGGCCUGUUUUGAAUUCACAAGAUUUUGAUAGGAAUUCAAGCAAAAUACACAUUUAUUAAAGUUAUGAAAAACUAGAAGCCAGUUGCAAUUUAUUUAAGGCUACUAGGAAACGGUACCACUAGCUUGAAUUGUCGCUAAGUGAUGGUAACCAAGAGACAUGAAAAUGGCUCAAUUGGGGAUAAGAAUCAGGGUCGGUAACUGUUUGCGAAAGGUAAAGCCCUCUUUCAUUUGAACGCUUGUAUGUGGAAGAAGAUGGGAAUUUUUUGACCGGGCGAAAUGCGUUUAGUAAAGCGAAAUUCUUUGCACACUUCAAAUAAUUUUAUGAUAUGACUUCUCUGGUGAUAACACAUUCAUGAUUUCUGCGAAGCUACUUUAACUUUUACCAGCAAGCUCAAAAUUACUCUUCAGCCAAUAUUUUUGUGUGUGGUCGAAAACACGUUAAAUUUGUUUGAAAACAUGUAUCGUGGUCAUAUGGUGCAAAUAACGCAUGGGAACCUGUGAAAACAUUGGAAACUAUAAAACGCUCCUCUCGCUCGUAAAAAAUUACUGAUCGACAAAUAUUCGAAAGUGAACAUUCAAGUUUCAAAAUGGCAAGACAAGCUUUAUUGAUGUGUUUCUUUCUGCUUGCUGUGGCAAAGUUCUGCUCUGCACAGCAAAUGCCAGGAGGAAUCGUGGAAAUGACAAAAGAUGAGAUUGAAAAAGAUGACAUUCUCCACGCAGGUGUGACUUUUGCAGUGACAGAGUACAAUUCCAAAACCAACUCGAGACUUAUUGCUACAGAAAUUUUACAAGCCACAAGACAGGUUGUUGCUGGCAUCAAAUAUGUAGCCCUUGUUGAGUUGCGACCACGGCUUUGCGUGCAUGAUCCCAAACUCAAGAUUGCUCCAUGCCCACCACAGCUAAACUUGCCAACCAGAUGUGUGUUUGACAUCCUUCAUCAAGCUUGGAUGCCUUUGAAAUACACAGUUCUGUCUACAAAGUGCUUUAGAGCGCAAUGAACAUAAAUCUUAAGAAUUUGUCUGUAAGCAAAUUAUAAUUCAUGAAGAAGAAAAGUAA